AAUAUGAGAUGAGAUCCAAAUUCAAUCUGCCUCUCUACCCCACGAAAGAAAAGAUUCUUCUCUUCGUCGACGACCCGGCCUCUCGCUCUCGUUGCCUUUCUUUCGCGCUCAGUCUCUCUCGGCCAAUUAAGCUGUAGAUCGGCCACCACCACCACCACCACCACCACCAUCCACAGGGCGCUGCAAGCUGGGCCAGGCCUCUCUCUAUCUCUCUCUCUUGAGAGGAGAGAUUAAGUAGGGCAUAGAGAGAAAAAAGCUACUCCUAAUUAAGCCACAGCUUGAGCAGAUCAGCUGCAGGCCGGCCGGUGUGCGUGUGUGACAGUAGGAGAGAGAGCUAGCGAGAGAGAGCAAGGAAUCGGAAUUGAUUUCAUGCACUGAUCGAUCCAUCCAUCAUGCAGAUGCUGCAUGGAUGAGAAGAGCUAGCAGCUAAGCUUUGCUGAAGAAAAUUCUUCAGAGGUUUGUGUUGAUUUGCUGGUCUGCUAGAGAUCGAUCUAGAGAGAGAGAGAGGAAGGGAAGACUGAAGAGAGAUCUCGAGCGGGAGAUCGAGAUGGGGCGAGGCAAGGUGGUGCUUCAGCGGAUCGAGAACAAGAUCAGCCGGCAGGUGACGUUCGCCAAGCGGCGGAACGGCCUGCUCAAGAAGGCCUACGAGCUCUCCAUCCUCUGCGACGCCGAGGUCGCCCUCGUCCUCUUCUCCCACGCCGGCCGCCUCUACCAGUUCUCCUCCUCAUCCAACAUGCUUAAGACGCUUGAGAGAUACCAGAGGUACAUUUAUGCUUCGCAAGAUGCUGCCGCACCAACUAGCGAUGAGAUGCAGAACAACUAUCAGGAAUAUGUGAACUUGAAGGCACAUGUUGAGAUUCUGCAACAAUCACAAAGGAACCUUCUAGGUGAGGAUUUAGCUCCACUGGCUACAAAUGAACUUGAGCAGCUUGAGAGUCAAGUAGUCAGAACCUUGAAGCAAAUCAGAUCAAGAAAGACUCAGGUACUACUUGAUGAACUCUGCGACCUAAAGAGAAAGGAACAAAUGCUACAAGAUGCAAACAGGGUCCUGAAAAGGAAGCUUGACGAGAUCGACGUAGAGGCAGCUCCCCCACAGCCUCCAUGGAACGGAAACUGCAGCAAUGGCCAUGGCGGCGGCGGCGGCGUGUUUUCCAGUGAGCCUCCCCAACCAGAGCACUUCUUCCAGGCCCUCGGGCUUCAUGCCGUGGACGUGAACCAGCCGCCGGCGCCGCCACCGGGCGGUUAUCCUCCUGAGUGGAUGGCCUAGCUAGCUAGCUAGCUACCGUUUCAGCUUCAGUUAAUCAGGGUCAAGUAUCAGCUGAGUUUGGCCAUAUGUAUGGAUUCUAUAUGUUGCUUCAGAAGUUCCUCUCUCCUUCCUCUUCAAUUUGUUGCUAAUUAAGUGCUUGCCAAACUUUUCUCAGUGUAAUGUACUACUACUAUGUAUAGUUUUGUCUUGUAUGAACAGUUUGUGAGUACUGUCACUGCGAGUAAGGUGCGUGAUAUGGUACCGUGAAAACAAAAGCGGGACAACCAUCCUUUUUGCGUUUA